AAACAAAAACCCCUUGAAUGGGCAGUAGGCAGAGCUCAUGGAAAUGGGUUCGGGCUCUUUGACAGAGUCUGGUGGUUCUUCCACCAACUCUUCCACUGAAUCACUUAACGGCUUGAAGUUUGGUAAAAAAAUCUACUUUGAGGAUGCAACAGUUGCUGCUGGUACUGCUGGUGGUGGUGCAACCAUGGGGACGCCGCCCAAGUCAGGUCCUGGGUCUUCAAGUUCAUCCGGGUCCCGUAGGAAGGCUAGGGUUGGUGGAGUGGUGCAAGGUGCUCAACCUCCAAGGUGUCAAGUUGAAGGGUGUAAAGUGGAUCUGAGUGAGGCUAAGGCUUACUAUUCAAGGCAUAAGGUUUGUGGUAUGCACUCUAAGUCACCGAAAGUCAUUGUUGCUGGUCUUGAGCAAAGGUUUUGUCAGCAGUGUAGCAGAUUUCAUCAGCUUCCUGAAUUUGACCAAGGGAAACGGAGUUGCCGUAGACGGCUAGCAGGUCACAAUGAGCGACGCAGGAAACCACCAACCGGAUCGUUAUUAUCAUCUCGUUUUAGCAGGCUCUCUUCAUCUAUUUUUGAAAGCAGUAGUAGAGGUGGAAGCUUUAUCAUGGAUUUCACAACUUACCCAAGGCUUUCCAGAAGGGAUGCGUGGAUAACAGCAAGAUCAUCAGAGUGCGUGUCUGGAAAUCAAAACACGGGAAGGUCACUUCCACAUCCAUGGCAAAACAACUCAGAUAAUCCUCUGCCUAACCUCUUCCUGCAAGGUUCACCAGGUGGGACUGGUUUCUCUAGUACUGGAAAUCAUCCGGAAGAAUGCUUCACUGGAGUUGGUGACUCAACCUGUGCUCUCUCUCUUCUGUCAAAUCAACCAUGGGGCUCAAGAAAUCGGGCUUCCAUUCUUGGGAUAAAUGACAUGAUAAAUACUGAAGGGUCUUCUGUGGUUCAACCAUCAACACCUCAUGGUGCCGUUGUGAAUCCUUAUUCAAAUGCCUCUUGGGGUUUCAAGGGUAACGACUCUGGUUACAGCUCUAACGAGAUGCAUCCUCACCUGGGUUUUGCACAAAUCUCAGAGCCUCUUAACGGUCAAUUUUCUGGCGGGCUUGAGUUGUCUCAGCAAAGCAGGAGACAAUACAUGGAACUUGAGCAGUCCAGGGCGGAUGACACCUCGACGCAGCAUAUUCACUGGUCGCUCUAAGUUUGUUGCGUUUCUCUUUCCUGUGCAUGUCGGCCAGUUUUUGUGCCCAAUCUUGUGUAUUUGUGGUGUUUUGGGCAUCUGAUUUUAUGUUUUAAGUGGGUGUUGGAUAAAACCCAAACUAUCCCCUGUUAAUGUUGUAAGUGGGUGGGCAUCUGAUUUUGUGUGCCAUCUUAUGCAGUUAUGUUGUAACAUGCUGAAUAGCUAGGUGUUCCCCUUUUGCCUAAAUUAAUUAGCAGUUGAACCAUCUAGGAAGGUGUUAGCCUUGCUUAAAUAAUCCUUUUAGCUUCGCAAUUUAGUUGGCAUUGAUUAAAAUUUAUGGUGUUCUAAUAUCCUGCACUUGUUAUUGCUGCUGCCUGAUUCACUCUGGCAGAGUUGUAAACAAGGUGUUGGUAGUUUGUAUGCUGAGUCGUAAUUAUUGUUCAGCAUAAAUGCAGUCGGAUCAAGACACCUUUUCAAAGCAAGGUGCUUGCCUUCUCUUGCCAUCUAUGCACUAAUAAACGGGCCACCUUAUCUUUAGAAGUUAGAUUUUUUUAGAGAACGAAGGAUGAAAUAUAGUAUAUCAAGGAAGGCAGUACUUGUUUUUAGAUUUAGUUGUGUAUUAGGAAGUUGUUAUGAUGAAGAUUUUAGUGCUGCAGCAACUGGAUGCUCGAGUGACAGAAUUUCUCUCAAACAUGAUUUUCCAAAGUUGAUGUGAAAACUAGGAGCUCCCAAACAUAAAUUGGGACCAAGAAAAGACAACU